AUGUCUCAAAACGACUUCAAGACCGUCUUCACGCCUCUUCCUCGCCUGAAAGGUGAAUCCAACUGGAACACAUGGCGCAUGCUUGUUACAGCGACCCUGCGAGGAUACGACUUCGAGAUAUUCCUCGAGACUGACGUCCCUCGCCCUGCUGACCCUAUCGCUGCAGAGGAAUGGAGAAAGAACCGUAACGUCACGAAUGGUCUCCUCAUGAACGCCAGCGAAUCGGUUCUUGACAGACUCUGCACAGCGGGUUGGGUUGACGAUGGAAACCCUUACGAAUUGUGGCAGGCGCUCGAGAAGCACAUUCCGAGAAUCUCACAAGACGCCACAGCUGCCCUUGUUGACGAGUUUGCCAAGACCACCGCCAACGAUCACAAGACUCUUCACGAUGCCCUCAAUCGCUGUCACCACCUCAGAAAGCGUAUUGAGACCAUUCACGGUCGUCUGCCAGACUCCUUCCUCGCUGUUUUCCUCCUUAACUUCUUUAAGGACCGACUUCCCGAUACGUACAAGCAUUUCACAUCGAAGGGCGCCACCCAUCCCACGUGGAAUGAGGUGGCUGAUACGAUUUACACGCUUGCCCAAGACGAGGAUCAAAAGCGCAGUUAUGCCACUAUUCGCAACACACCUGGAGGCAAGUCUGCUGGCAGUGGGGGUCCUGCCUCUCCAGCCGUCACCACCACCGUCACCUCCACUGUCACUGCCUCCAAGGAAAAGAAGAAGUGCGACCACUGCAACUGUGAUCACGAGACCACAAAGUGCUAUGUCGCCCACCCCAAUCUCAUCCCUCUACACUACGUCAACCGGGAUAAGUUGAUUGAAAAAGCGAGAAAGCACGUGUGUGGCGAUCGCUGCCGCUGGGAUCAGCCUACUUCUGUUGAUGGCACCCGCCAGACUGUUGUCAGAGCGUCACCUGCCAUCUUGGGUCAGUCUGCCCUUGCCUCCAUCGCCAGCCCAGCAGUUUUCACUGCUGCCCGCGAUGACCUCAUCACCCGAGACGAUAUCGUUCUCGAUUCUGGUUGUACUACUUCAACCUUCAACAACUUGCGAUAUUUCGUCAAGUACGCUGAAAAGAGCGAUUUGACACCUUCCACUUCUGCCUCCGGCGCCCCAGUCCGGUCACUUGGCGUGGGCACCGUCUUCUUCCAGACCCAAGACCCCACCAACCCUGACGUUAUUCACGAUUGGACACUUCACAACGUUGAGUACAACCCUUCCAGCCCAGCCAACUUACUGAGCCCUGGAAAACUUCGUCGUGAUCACGUGGAAUAUGAUUGGCAGACCUCAAGCCUCAUACACGUGACACAGCGCACUUCCCUUGCCAAAGUUCAUUGGGUUUCUGACGUCUGCGUCGUUGAGACUCAUGAUACUGGAAAUCACGUGCCUCGAGAUAUUGCUGUCAGCCUCGCCGCCUUCCGGGCUACCCAGCGACCGUCUCUUGAACUGAUGCACCGCCGGCUGGUUCACGCCCACCCAUCACGUGUUGUGGAGGCUUGCCGCCGUGUUGGCAUUCGGUUCACAACGUCAGAAAUUGACGCUUUCUUCUGGAACCGUCAGGUUCUACACCUCAUGGAUAAGUAUAGUGGUUACCACUGGGUUGUUUUUCUGCCCAACCACAAGUUUGCCACCAUCCUGGCAGCUAUCAAGAAAUGGGAUACUGAAUUCUACAGUCUCACCGGCCUCAAGCCCAAGGUUUGGGUUUCUGACAAUGCUCCCGAGCUAAUCAAGGUUUUCAACGACCCCUACUUCGAGGGUACUCGCCACAACACGACUAUUGCCUACACGCCUUCCAUGAACGGUACUAUUGAGCGUGCUGGUCGUACCAUCGUCGAAGGCGCCCGGACACAGCUGAUUGACAUGUCCCUUCCAGAGGAACUGUGGGAUUACAGCAUCGAUUCGGUGACUCAGAUUCUCAACCUCUUGCCCACACCCUCCAAGGGUAACUUGAGCCCUCACGAGAUCAUGGCGAGAGAGCUGAACUUGGCUGCUGAACAUAUCAUCAUCCAGUACACCAUCCGUCAGAAGCCUAUUGAAGGUGAAAAACCCGUGACUGGUGAUCCCAAACCAGAUGAGACCAUCGUUGAAAAAGCGAUGGCACCCACUGAUACACAUCUCAUGUCUCCGCCACCAGAGAACCUGUUGGAGACCACUGCUACACCUCGUGACAGCAUUACUAACGAAUUGAAUGAUGACGAAUUCGUCGCUUCCGUGGAAACAAUGGAAACUGAUCACCAGGACCCUGAUUCCCUCUCCACGAUUGUUGAGGAAGCAACGAGUCAACCGGCAGAGUCCUCUCGACCUCGCCGCGCCUCAGCCCAGCGACCACCUGGUCACUACCGAGCCGCCAGUGGCCGUGCUUUCUGCUACUGCCCUUUCGAAAGUCCUACCCGACGGCGUGGUGAUCCCGAAGUCCUACCGUGA